UUCUACAGACCGAUCAUCACCAAGGUGUUUAAUGAUCCCAUCCAUGGUAGCAUAGAGUUACACCCACUCCUCAUCAAGAUCAUUGACACACCUCAGUUCCAGAGACUUCGAUUCAUAAAGCAGCUUGGAGGUGUCUACUUUGUUUACCCUGGAGCGUCUCACAACCGCUUUGAACACUCGAUCGGGGUGGGAUACUUAGCAGGAAAACUUGCUGAGGCUCUCAGGUCAAGGCAGCCGGAACUCAAAAUCGAUGACAGAGACGUCCUUUGUGUUCAGAUUGCUGGCCUCUGUCAUGACCUGGGUCAUGGACCCUUUUCCCAUCUGUAUGAUGGAAUGUUCCUCCCCAAAGCACUGGAAAAAAAGAAAGAAGAAAUGAGAAAAAAUGGGAAAUUCAGAGAAAUGGAGAAAUUGGAGAAAUUGGAGAAAUGGAAGCAUGAAAAGGGCUCUUGUGACAUGCUAGACCACAUGCUGAAACAGAAGUAUCUUAAACCAGCGAUCCCUGAAGAAGACAUGGAAGUAGACAGAAGACUACAGGAAUCUAAAGAGCAGGAGGAACAGAGUGAGCUUGAACAAGUGAUGGAGAAAUACAAAAUGAACCCUGAAGAUGUGAAAAUCAUUCAGGAGAUGAUUGCUGGAGACAAGGAGGAACAGAGGACGCUUGAAAAAGAGAUGAAGAAGAAAUACAAACUGAACCCUGAAGAUGUGAAAAACAUUCAGGAGAUGAUUGCUGUAGAAAAGUGUAAAUUCAUUGACAACAACAUACGUGUCAAUAAAACUGGUCCUGAUUCGCUUUGUGUCGUCAUCCCUGCAGUGCCGUACAAAGGGCGCCCAAAAGAAAAUUCCUUCCUCUAUGAAAUUGUGUCCAACAAAAAAAACGGCGUUGAUGUGGACAAGUUUGACUACUUGGCCAGGGACUCUUCCUACCUGGGGAUCAAGAACAACUUUGACUUUCGUCGCUUCCUGCAGUUUGCCAGAGUGUGUGAGGUUGAUGGCAGGAAAACUAUCUGCACCAGAGACAAGGAGGAAGACCAUAUGUACCACUUGUUCUAUACAAGACACCAUCUCCACAAAAGAGCCUGUCAGCAUAGAGUAAGCCACAUCAUACAAGAAAUGAUUGCAGAGGCUUUUUUGAAAGCAGACGGUCACAUUCAGAUUGAAGGAUCAGGAGGGAGGAUGUUCACUCUCUCUACAGCCAAUGAGGACAUGGAGGCCUACACAAAGCUCACAGACAACGUGUUUGAGGAAAUACUGAAGUCUUCCUGCUCAGAGCUAAAAAAGGCAAGAGAGAUUCUGCAAAACAUCAUCUCUCGAAAGAGCUACAAGUUUGUUGAUGAGAGAAAGCCAAAGGACCCCAUCGAGGAUUGGAAAAGCCAGAUUUCUGGCUGGAAAGAAGGAUUGGCUCAACCCCUCCCUGACGAGGAAGAAAACAACCUGAAACCAGAGGACUUUGAAAUCCUGGUCAUUAACAAGGACUACGGCAUGAAAGACGAGAACAGGAAAAAUGAAUCCAGGAUUCGCACAUUGAUCUUUUCUGAGCAGCUGAUCAGGGUCUUCUGUAAGGAGAUUGAUGACGAG